GGAUAGCCUAUAUAAAGCCCCGUGUGUCAGCAGCCUUAUCACUCUCUGUGACCCGCAGACUGACGCAGAUUAAUCGGUGUGUGUGUGUGUGUUAUCAGGAGCAGCAGCCAUGUCUCACGGAUGGGGAUACGGAGCGAAUAACGGGCCUGAAAAAUGGGGUGAAGAUUUCCCUGUGGCUAACGGGCCCAGACAGUCUCCCAUCAACAUCGUCCCUAAGGAGGCCCAGUACGACUCCACUCUGAAGUCUCUGAAACUCAAGUACGACCCCUCCAACGCCAAUGGCAUUCUCAACAACGGACACUCCUUCCAGGUGGACUACGAGGACGACGCCAACAGUUCCAUCCUGACUGGAGGUCCUAUUUCUGGAACGUACCGUUUGAAGCAGUUUCAUUUCCACUGGGGAGCGAGUAAUGACAGAGGCUCCGAACACACCGUCAACGGCAUCAAGUUCCCCUGUGAGCUUCACCUGGUGCACUGGAACACUAAGUACCCCAGCUUUGGAGAGGCAGCCAGCCAGCCUGAUGGCCUUGCAGUGGUGGGGGUCUUCCUCAAGAUCGGUGCCGCCAACCCCCGGCUUCAGAAGGUUCUGGAUGCCUUUGACAGCAUUAUGACCAAGGGGAAGCAGACCGUCUUUGCUAACUUCGACCCAAAGACCCUCCUGCCUGGUUCUCUGGACUUCUGGACCUAUGACGGCUCUCUGACCACGCCCCCUCUGUUGGAGAGCGUCAGCUGGAUCGUCCUCAAGGAGCCAAUCAGUGUCAGCCCGGUACAGAUGGCCAGGUUCCGCGGCCUCUUCUUCACCGGAGAAGGAGAGGCUCCAUGCUGCAUGGUGGACAACUACCGCCCCCCCCAGCCUCUGAAGGGCCGUCAGGUCCGCGCCUCCUUCAAAUAAACAGCGCUUCAUCUUCAUUGCUUCCUCCUUCCCUCCUUACACAAACCUUCAUUCUCCUAUUAUAUCCACAUGCAGCCAGCUUAAGCCUUAAGGAAAUGAACUUGAAAUAAAUCUGCUUAAAGUUUCAAUAAUAUAGACUUACUGUACUGGAUAUAUCUUGAACAAAAUAACAGAUUUUUGAGCUUUGACACUAUAAAGACACAAGACAUAUUUACGCAUAUCAUAUCAAAAGUCCAGAUGAUAUUUAAGAUAUUUUAAUUUACAUUGAGCCACGGAUAUGGAUGUGUGAAGUUUAAAUUGGGUCAUACGUUGUGCCCUCAUGGAAUAAAAAUACAUAUUAAUAAUAAUAAUAAUACAUGAGACUUGUAUAGCGCUUUUCAGGAAACUCAAAGACGCUUAUAUUGUCCCCUUGGUCAGACACUGCCUUAAUACAGACAAAGGUGGCCUAAUAUUUUAAGUCUUUAUAGGCUAACAGAGGGACCCGAGAUCUCCUGAAAUUGUCACAAAGAGAGACAGGAUUUCUGGCUCCUAAUCUCAUAAUUAAUUAUAAUUUAAAAUAUUAGUGUCUAUUGAUGUGUGCCAAUAUAAUAUGCUUUUUCUUUCACAAAAUAUACUCAAAAUAGAAGCCAAUAUACUCUAAAACUUCAUUAAUACAAUAAAAAAUAAAAAAAAGUAUAUUAUUUUUUGUUAGCAGCAUUGCACUGAAG